AUGUUGGUACCAAGUGACAGCAGUAUAGAGUCGUUCAGGAUCUACUCUGAGACAAAGCCUAUCAUCAAGUAUUCUCCGGACAAUAUUCAAGGACCAGGAUGCACUUUUGAUCCCAGUGAAGUCACCCUUCCAGGAUGUUCCUGCCUCGCCCGCUCCUGCUUCACUGAGAGCUGCUCCUGUCUGCAGACACAUGGACAGGCGUAUGACAGCAGGGGCUCACUUCUGAGCCUAAGCAGCACAGACUCCGGCUACUGCUCACCUGUGUUUGAGUGUAAUGCCCUUUGCAGCUGCAGUGAUGCAUGCUCUAACCGGGUGGUUCAGAGGGGGUUAAGGCUCGGGUUAGAAGUGUACUGCACAGAGAACAUGGGCUGGGGAGUACGGACUAUAGAGGCAAUUCCAAAUGGGACUUUCGUUUGUGAGUAUGCAGGAGAGGUGAUAAGCUUUGAGGAGGCCAGACGUAGACAGCUUUCCCAGAGGUCAGAAGAAAACAACUACAUUAUCGCAGUAAGGGAGCAUGCUGGUACAGGCUCCAUCACUGAGACGUUUGUGGACCCAGCAAUGGUGGGAAAUGUAGGUCGCUUUCUCAACCACUCUUGCCAGCCUAACCUUUUCAUGCAGCCAGUCCGUGUGCACUCUGUGGUACCUAGACUUGCACUUUUUGCUGGCCGGGACAUUAAUGUACUAGAGGAACUGACGUUUGACUACUCAGGAGGAUACACUAACCAACAACCUGUAGAGGUGCCUUCCACACACAGUGCUAAAGCAGUGCAGGCCAACAGGAUAGAUGGAAGUCAAAGAAAAAGGUGUCACUGUGGUGCCAACAACUGUACGCAGUUCCUUCCACUGGAUUUAUCUAUUCUCAGCUGAAAGAAUCUUAAUUGGAUUGGUACAUGUUUUUAUCUGAAUGUCAAGAGACUAUUGUAUUUCUGAAUAAUGGAGGAACAAUUUCUGUCAAGCCUAGUGUCUUUCCAGAUUUAUUUUGAAAGGUCUCCAUUGUUAUGUCUUGGUCUAUUUUUAGUCCUUCUGAAAUCUUGGUUAACUUAACACCUUGUUGGAACAAGACAUUAGAACAUGUUGACUGGUCCAUAAACACAAUCAGCUGGAUGAGUCACAUUUUUGCCCUUCAUUGUUUCCUGUGUUGCUCUUCCUGUGGUCACCUGACCUUCAGUUGUUUCCCGCUCGAUUAAGGAUGUUACAGUAAAAGCUACACCUCAAGGCAGGAGGAACAGGUUGUUGUUGUAUUUUUUAAUGGAGCAAAGUUGUUGAGAAUUCUGUUUUCUUUGAACAAUACAUUUGAUCUGUCAGAGGAUGCUUGUUGCGUGAUUAACAUUCUGCAGCUGUCAUCUUGUCCCGACAAAGGGAUUCCAGUUACCAUAUGACUCAUGAAUUUCAGGAGCAGAGGCAUCAUUUACAGUGACAGAGAUGAGAGAAACAGUGUUCAAAGGUUACUUAGAUAACCAAACAGGCAGAAAAUUGAUCUAUAUGCCCUUAACAGUUUGAAGUCAAAUCAGUAAAAAAAAAUCAGAAUUCUAAUAAAGUUAUAGCUGUCAUGUGUUUCCAUCCACUUCCCUUUUUUUCCGUCUUCAUGCAUCACCCACUAGAGAUCUUCAUUUUCUCAUCGCACUCAAACCUCAGGAGAGGUGGGACCAAUUAAAAAGGGCCAGGGGGUAUUUUUUUUAUAUAGAAACAGACUUUAUUCCCCUGUCAGAGGAGGAGUGAAGGUGUCCCAGUUUAGUGUGACCAUUCUGAAAUCAGGACCUUCUCUUUUCAAUCUGACCCCUUUCUAGUCUAGACCUGCUUUCAUCUUAUUAAUAUCCACAUCUGGGUUAAUUAGGAUGGAGACCGUUUUUCAUCUAGAAAUAGGACCCGUUCUACAGCCACACGGGGGCUGAGAGAGACUAAAUGGUGGGGGAAGAUGUAAGCCCUCUGUUGAUUGGAGACCACCUUCAAGUUGCCUGGUUUCUGUGUCACCCAGAUGAGAAGCAGAUGUUGCAUCUGUUUAUUUUCAUAAAACCCAGAGUAAGACUUUAGUCACUGAUGUUAUACUACUUUAUGUUGUUAAUAAAUGUUGUGAACUCGUUAAAUAGAAUAAAAACUUUCUAAUAAGUGGA